AGAGAGAAAAAAAAAAAAACACGUAACACAUAAAAGUAUGAAAAGGAAAACAGCCCCAGUAAGAAAUGCAAAUUAAUCGUGACGUUUUGAACUCUUCACGAAUUCCUCUUCCUUGAGACCGAUUUCGGCCUCGAGUCUGACUUCAUCAUCGCAGCACAUAUAACGGGAAGUUCUUUCAGUAUAAGGAGCCUAUUGUGUAUGUUAUUAAUGCAGAGUAAUAUGAGAUAUAAUUUCUCAUUUGCUUUUGGAAGGAAGGGGAUAAAGGAAGUUUGAGGAAGUUAGUGUUGUGCUGUGUUCCUCGCCUGAUAUAACUGCAUGAAUAUACGGUUUUUGUUGCAUGGUAUAUACCUGAAUUACGAGAUGAUAGACAGCGCUACUGGAGACAUGUUGCAAACGUUUAUUAAAUUACUUUAACACGAAAGGCUCCCUCCCCCUAUCACGAGCCUUCCACCGGAUACUUCCACUCUAGCAACAAUGACCUAAAGCCUCCCUGCAUCAUAAGGCCAAUGCCCAAAAGCACCUUCCACUGCCUCCUGAUUCACCCCGCCUUCCUUCCCCUCCACCUUCACCCAACCCCCUUCCACUUCAACCUAAUUCACCCACGAACUCCCUCCACCCCAGCGCCAGGAUCCACCUGACGGAGGGCGGCAGCGGGACGGUGACGGGGCACUUCAAGGUGAAGACAGGCACCGCCCCGGCACUGUCAGCACGGCCAUGGUCACGGCACAGAGCCUCAAGCAGGCGGAUUCUGUCAACAGCGCUGUUACCCCCCUCCACGCCGUGCCGAGGUUACUCUCUUGGUGUCAAGAGGAAUUCCGGAAGGCGAGAGAGAAAUGUCUUCCGAGAAAGUUUGGUUCCAUUUCUGCAACGUUCGACUGAAGUUUUGAUUGUAAAUUCUAUAUUCACAGGAUAUGAAGUCAUGGCAAGGAGAGUGUUCAGUGUACAGUGAAUCGAAUAUGGUGAUUGUUAGUAUAAACUUAGGAUUUCACAAGUGUCAAUUGUUCGGAUUAGCGUGAAGACAGUUGACAUAAUAGAGUGUGUGAUGUGUGAUGCAUGACAUGAAAUUCGGGAAAGGGAAACCGAAUUGUUUAGGGACGGAAGGACAUUGAUAUGAUAACUGAUCGUAGAAAUCAGGAAUGAAGACGGGUAGUGUCAUUGAUAUUCAUCGUCGAAACGAUUUCAAAGAAGCUUUACUGACUGUUGCAAAUCUUGAAUCCAGACGGAGGACGACGUUCCUCCGACCUGCACUCUUGCAAACGAACCAGACCGCACGGGGUUCACCCACGACGACAUCUUCAGCCAAAAGAACUGGCUCUGGUCUGUGCAACGUUUAUGCUCGUCCGUGGUGGCUGGCCUGGCUCCAGACACCAAAGAUCUCGUGAACGUGACGUACUCUGUCGACUGUUGCUCCUCUCAAGUGGAUAUCAUCGGUGUGGAUACGCAGGGGGGCGUUAUCGACAUGGGGGCUCUGGGAGUCUUUCGAACCCACGCCUCCCUUCUACGUGGGAGGGGCAGACCGAGCAGGGCAGCCGUUGUACACUGAGGCUACUACACUCGGCACCGGCAAAUGCUGUAGGAUGACAAUAACUUGAAAGACUCUGAAAUGCCUCCCAACAGCGUGCAGGUCAACGCCACGCUAAGUACAAUCACGGUAGCUUGGGAGGUACAUGGACCGGGAUGAAGCUUAUGCGGUAGAGGUCAAUUUCUAAGUUUACUGCCUGUGAAAUGGGAGAGAAAUGAGAAAUACAUACAGAUAUGCGUAAAUUCAUACAUAUGUUUAUACAUGCUGUACGUAUAUGCAUUUGAUCAGUAAGUGUAAAUGCACGCCCUUCGAUACAUGCCAAGGUAUAGGAGAAGAGAUUCACCUCCGCGACCUCAAACCUUGUACAUCUUACGCUGCCUUCGUUGGUACAGUUUUUUUGAAUGGUCAGCAACUGGACGUCUCAGUUGUCAUGCACGCUGGACGGUCCAGCCCGGAGAACCUCAGAACUUAAGGGUAACGAGGGAAACGGCGGACACCAUCGAGAUCAAGUACGACCCCCGGACGACCAACCCCCAGUGUGCCAACGAGUACGACAUCCAGCAGAUAAAACUCGACAGCUAUCGACGCGCAUCACAUCCCGAGUUCCUGCACGAGAGCAUCUUCUCCGACAUGGAGGCGCGUACGAACUGCGAAGUGCGCGUGAGAGCCGUGUCGACCGAUAAGCAGGCUAGUUCGUGGGUGUCGACCAACGCCUCGACCUCGGAAGACGUCCCUAGCGAACCACAGGACUUCGACGUGCUUGAAACGACCGCCUCGACCAUGCCUUUGGUGUGGCAUCGACCCGAGGAGAACGGCCAGUGCGUGAGUCAGUAUGCCCUCGUGUGGUCUGCUCCUGACGGGUCCUCACACUCCAAGACGGUGACGCCCUUGGACUUCCAGGCGGAGGAGGACGUGACCGGCCUAACCACUUCAGCGUCACCGGAGUCACUUCGUCUAAUGCUCGUGGGACGUGGAUUAUCAACGCUGGCUGCCUAUAUCCUGACGGUGGAGGCUGUUGGGGGAGUGAAUAAAGUAAUUUCUUCUAUAAAUCACUGAAGAAAAUAACGCCGAUUUAAACGCGCAUGCUGAUGUGUUGCGUCUUUAUUUUUUUCUGGGAGUCUUUUUUAUUUAAUUUCCCAUGAUUUGCGAAAGCGUU